UAUGUUUGGCUUUUUGUGCAGAAUGAAGAACCCGGAUGAAUACAAGUGCAGUAUGUUGAAUUACAUUUGAGAGACAUGAAAAUGCCAGCAGAGGAGAGUGAGGCCAAGGCAAAGACCAAGGUCCGCUUUGAAGAAAUAUUCAGGAGCCAUGUUGGCCUAACAGAUAAAAAGAAAUUAAAAGAGAAGCAACAAAGUAUUCCAGAUAAUAUUGUGCUUGAGACAUUCAAAAACCAUCUUGAUCCUUCCAAAGAAAAUGAUGAGAUAAUUAUAAACAACACUUAUAACCCAGAGGAAAGAAGCCUGCACAAGCUUGGAAGCAAAGCCCCAGUUGCCGUAAAAAUAAAUGAUAAUGUUGUUAGUGGAGAGAAUAUCAAGCAAACAAAGACGAACAAGAAGAAGAAGGCAGCAUUACAAAAACAACUUAAUGAGGAGGAAACGUUAUCUGAAAUGAAAUUGGAUGGUUUUGAAAAAGAGCUUCAUGUUUUUUCAAAGAAAAAAACCAAAAGUAUAUUACAGGCAGAUGCACUUCAUCAAAAAGGGGACAGCAACAUAAAAGGUGCCUUGAAUGGAGUGAGAGAUAUGUCUGAGUUAGAUGAGGAAGAGCAGCUAAUCCAAGUUUAUGAGCAGCAAGUGGCUGAAGAGGAAGCAAAUGCAAUUAAGAAGAAAAUAAAAAAGAAACUUAAAGAACAGAUGUCUGAAUUCACCUCCAAUGUUCAAAGCCAUGAAGUAACACUGAACAAUGAAAUGAGUAAAAAGAAGAAAAAGAAAAAAGAAUUCCCAGUUUUAUCAGCAGCUCACUCAAGUGUCAUGACCCUAUCUGAACUGCAGAGAUUUCCAGAAGAGGAAAGUAGCAGCAAAAAGAGUUCAUUGGAGAGACCACUCAUAUCAAAGUCUGCAGAAGAUGCAUUAAUAGAGACACCACACUGGGAGGAAGAUGCUGAAAAACCAAAAUCUAAAGGGAAAAAAGUAAAAAGAAAAUCCAAAAAAGCACUUGAAGAAGAUGCUGAGCAACCAGGCGAAAGUACGUCAUAUGUUGCUUCUAGUGUUUCAACAGAACCAAAACCAAUUUUUGAUGACAGCCUCGUUUUAGGUGUUUACAUCCACCGAACCGAUCGGCUUAAAACUGAUCUCAUGGUGUCACAUCCCAUGGUUAAGAUUCACGUGAUUGAUCAGAACACUGGUCUGUAUGUCAAGAAAGAGAAUAGCAGCCGACCUGUUUCUUCUUUCUAUGAACAAGAAAAAGUAGGACACAUUCUUCCUAUUAUGACCCAACCUUAUGAUUUCAAAAAAUUUAAGUCAACACUUCCAGAAUGGGAGGAGCAAAUAAUAUUUAAUGAACGUUUUAACUAUUUUCUUCAAGAUUCUGAAGAAAGCCCAAGGGUGAUACUGUUUUUUGAGAUCCUUGAUUUUUUAAGUAUGAAUGAUGUGAAAGCCAACUUUGAUGGUCAAGCUCAGGAAAGUGGCUUUCGAAAAAUCUGUUGGGCAUUUUUGAAGCUUGUAGGUGCAAAUGGAGUAUUGAAUGUUGGGGGAAAACUGCGUCUUCAGCUAUAUUCACCUCCUCCCAGGGCCAAGUCACAGCUAAACGUUGUGGAAGUUUAUGACUGGUGGGCAAAAUGUCCCAGAAACCAUUAUCCUUCAACACUCUAUGUAACCAUAAAAGGCAUUAAACUCCCAGAACAUGUAGAUCCUUCAUUACGUUCUAUGAUGGCUGUUCAGCAAGAAUACAAUUCUCCAUCAUUCUUGGAGUUACAAAGGGAAGUAGCUAAAAAAGCUAAUAAUUCUGGUCCACAGAACAAAAAGGAAGAACCUUUUAAGUGGUCAAAACUCCCUGGACAGGUUUGUCGUAUACCAAACAAGUAUCUGUUUUCUCUACGAGCCGGAGAUAUGGGAUGUUUUUGUAUUCGCUUCUCAGAAGAUGGUCGGACAUUAGCAGCAGGUUGUGCAGGAAGAGAUGGUUAUCCAAUUCUUUUAUAUGAAAUUCCUUCUGGGCAGUACCUCCGGGAAUUUUAUGGGCAUUUGAAUAUUGUCUAUGAUAUUUGCUGGUCAAAGGAUAAUCAACAUUUACUUACUGCAUCAUCAGAUGGCACUGCAAGGAUGUGGAAAUUAGAAAUCCAGAUUACCUCUGCCAUGAAAGUUUUCCCUCAUCCAUCCUUUGUCUAUUCUGCUAAAUACCACCCAACAGCUGAGUAUAUCAUAGUGACAGGAUGUUAUGAUGCAGUGAUAAGAGUUUGGAACGCAAAAGUGAAGGAAAUACAUGGACAGCUUGUACAAGAGUUUGAUGGCCACAGAGGAUUUAUCAAUACAUUAUGUUUUGAUGCAGAAGGAUUUCACAUGUUUUCUGGAGACAGCACAGGACUAAUAAUUGUCUGGAAUACUUAUGUCAAAGAAAGUUCUCAAUCAUCAGUCCAGCAUUGGGGAAUUGAUAAGGAAAUAAAAGAUGAUGAUAUUAAAGAAAUAGCAGUAAAUCAUUUGCAAGUACAUCCAAAUGGAAGACGUUUACUUAUCCAUGCCAAAGACAGUACUAUAAGAAUCAUGGAUCUACGAAUCCUGGCCACAAAGAAAUACAUAGGUGCUACCAACUAUCGAGAGAGAAUUUGCAGUGCCUUAACACCAUGUGGAACAUUCCUUUUUUCUGGAAGUGAAGAUGGGAAAGCAUAUGUCUGGAAUGCAGAAACAGGUGAUCAAGUAGCCGUGUACUCUGACCUUUCUUUCACAACUCCUCUUCGUGAUGUUGCCUUUCAUCCACAUGAACAUAUGGUGUCAUUCUGUGCCUAUGGUCAAAACCAACCAAUACUCGUGUACAUUUAUGAUUAUAGAGUUGCCCAGCAGGACGUUGAACUGGUAAAAGAUUUUAGUGGACUACAUUUAUCCACAUCAUCCAGAGGCCCACAAAUUCUUACUGGUAUUUCUGCACAGAAGGAUACAAUAAAUCAUCCAGCGGAUCAAUUUGCAAGCGUUGCAGGAGUAUCAAUGAGGAUGCAGAAAGUCAAACAAAAACUAGAUUCUGUUACGGUAUGGUUAAAUUUCUUUGUAAUCUUCUAAAAGACUUGUGUCUAAAGUAGAUCUACCUUAACAUUUUAUCAUGUGUCUGUAAAGGAAAUUAGUAUUGAUGAACAAGCUAUAUGCAGUUAUAUAUACAACAGUAUUUGGGAUGAAUUAAUGAGGCCAAAAAAGCUUUGAUGAAGAACCAAGUUUUUAACUUGUGGCCUACAUGAAAUGAAUGUUGGUGCCUCCAAAGAGAGAAUAUUCCACAAUGGUAAUGCCACAGCUGAGAAGGUCUUCUCUCACACCCCAGUACAGUGUCUUUAUAUCUCACUGGUGGGACACAAAGGAGGGACCCCCGCCCCAGUAGACCUCAACCUUCGAGGGGCAUAUAAUGGGAAAGGCACUCCCUCAUCAUUUAUGUCACAAGCAAAUUAGGACUUUUAAGUGCAUCACAAGCAGCAUGAAUUCAGACUGGAAACAUAUUGGAAGUGAAUGCAUUUCUUUUAAAACUAUGGUAUUCAACUCAGCAGUUGAGUGGCUUUAUUUUGCACAGACUGCAACUUCUGACUCUUCUUCAAGGA